UCUUUGGUCUGACCCCGUAGGGCUGUUCUUAUUGAUGUCAGCAGGAGUUGGGUGCCCACAAAGCUCUGGGCUUCAGGCCCUGUGGGGACAUGGGGGGGCCCUAGUUGCCUGAGUCACUUUCGCCAAUGGGAUGCGAGCUGCUGGGGCCUGUGCAAGCUCCCGCUGCCCGGCUCCAGAAAGCCCCUGUGCCUGGGAUCCACCCGAGGGACCGCAGGCGUCCCAGCCGGGCGGCAGGGCCGGGGCUGCGCCGCCAGGUGGCGCCGCUGGGCCGGCUCGCCCAUGCCGCUCCAAUUAUCUCAUUAGCCGAGCGGCCAGCCCCUGCCCAUGGGGCGGGAGGAGGCUGCUAGCGCCGGGCCGCCCCUGCAAAGGACACCGCGGAGCGGGCCGUCUGCUCGCCGGGCCGAGAGCGGCUGGGCUGGAAGCCCGCGGGCGGGGGCUGCUUGCUCCGCUCCGCACCGGGUCGGGGAGUCCAGGGAGAAGCGGCGUCUCUGCCCCGAGAUCCUCCUCCAGGUGCUGCUGCGCUGCCCAGCCUGACGCUGGUGGCGUCGCCAUGUCAAUGACGGUGAAUCUGACCGGCCCGGCCCCCUGGGGCUUCCGAAUCACGGGAGGAAGGGACUUCAGGAAGCCCAUCACUGUGUCCAAGGUGAUGGAGCAUGGGAAGGCAGCUGCAGGGGACCUCCGACCUGGUGACAUCAUCGUCUCCAUCAAUGGCGACAGCACGGCCGACAUGCUCAAUGUGGAGGCGCAGAACAAGAUCAAGCAGAGCUCCGGCCGGCUCCAGCUUCAAGUGGACAGGUCCCAGUUGUUCUCUCCCGGACAGACCAACGGUGAGAGCUCCCCAGAGAUGUUGGCCAUGCGGUUCCAGGAUGUCGUACGAACCAGGGAUGACAGCCAGGGCUCGGUGAGGUCCUCCUACUCCAGCCCGGCAUCCCUUAGCCCCCGGCCUGGCAGCCCCUUCUCAUCCUCGUCACCCGGGUACCGGCCCGGCAGCCCCUAUAGCCCCCAGAGGCCCAGCCUGCCCUCCGAGGGCAGAGGGGAGACGGUGGCGUGCAGCCGCAGCUUCCAGUCUCUGGCCAGUUCUCCCAGUGUCUUUGAGGAUCGCUCCCCCUCACCCCACAGGCAUCAGCAUCCAGGCAGCAGACAGGAGCGAGGCAGCUUGUGCCACCCGAGCAACUCUCCAGUUGCAGCUCUGCCUCUGAUCAACCGCACACCAUCCCCUCUCGGCCCCUGGGAGAUGGGGAGGGCCCCGGGCAGGGCCUCGCCCUCGUACAGCCCCCGCAACAGCCUGGACUCGGAGCUGGCCAUGCGGCGCUUGGAGGAGGACUCCGAGGUCUAUAAAAUGAUGCAGGAGAACCGUGAGAUCCGGGCCGCUCCACGGCAAUCCAACACCUUUCGCCUGCUCCAGGUGGCUCUGGAGACUGAUGGGGGAGCGGGCACCACGACCCCCUUUCCCAGCAAGUUGUCCCCCAGCACCCACAAGCCAGUCACCAGCUCCGUGGCCGGGGUUCAGAAGCUGCACACAUGUGAGAAGUGCGGCACCGGCAUCACGACCCAGGCGGUGAGAAUCCAGGAGAGCCGGUACCGCCACCCCUCCUGCUACAUCUGUGCCGACUGUGGCCUCAACCUCAAGAUGCGAGGCCACUUCUGGGUGGGCGAGGAGCUGUACUGCGAGAAGCACGCCCGCCAGCGCUACCAGGGCCUUGGGGAGGGCGCCGCCGCUGCCACGGCCAUCUCCUCCAAGUCCUGAGCUGCACCCGAGAGCAUGGGGCCUGGGGCUCCCUGGCUCUGCCUGCGCCCCCCGCCCUCCCCGGGGCUUCCGCCAAGCACAAAUGCCACCUCCCAUGCUGGGAGUCUCACUGCCGUGUCCUGCUCUCGGCCUCCCUCGAUUGGCUGCCAGCCCCUUGUCCCCGCUGCACCCCAGCCCGUCGGCUUCGCUGCUCUUGUUGCCGCCAGCCAAUCGAGAGAGACCGAUGAGGGAGCCUGCUAGGUAUAGGGUAGCUGGUGGGAAUGGGAUAAAGAGUGGCCUUUGGCCUCUAGGUCACCGGUUCAAAUCCAGAUCCCUCUGCUCAGCUAGUCCCAGCUGGUGGUUGUCCAGCUGCAGAAAUGAGCUUGUUUGGUUCUCAGCCUGUUUCUUAAAAGGUGUCUGGUCUAAGGUGCCCAGCUGUGGGAGAUGCUUGUCCUGUCUUCUUCCUGCUCAGUGGGCGGAGGGUUCGGACUCCAGGGCUGCCGGCCCCGUACCUCUCACCAGGCCACCUCCAGGAUACAGAGAGACACUGUAGGAUGGCUGUAUCGCCUCAUUCUCACGAUCACUGCCAGGAGCUGUGCGUGCGUCUGGGUGCAGUGGGGAGGGUGGGGGUGGCGCUCACACACUUAGGUACUGGGGGCAUUGCAGGGGGGAAUGGGAUAGGCACAGCUUUGUACACUGACUUUGUAAAGCUUCUCAAAGGUAUUAAACCAGAUCUCUAUAUAAAAUAUAAUAUAUAUAUAUAUACCUGCCCCGCA